CAGAUCCUGCCGGCAGCAGCGGUGAAGAUGGCUGGCCUGAGAUGGAUGGCUGUGACGCUGGCCGUGUUCCUGUCUACUGGAAACAGUUUGGCCGUGGGUCAGAACCAACUUUUAACAAUUGUACAACAAGUUCGGAGAAAGUAUACAAACCCCAACGAUGAUCAAAGCAAAUUACCCAUGUUCAGUCUGGCUGUAAGCAUCCCAAAGAGCGGGGAAUCUUAUGAUGUCGGAGCAGUCCCUGACAAUGGUGAAGACGUGAAGAAUGCUAUGUUGAAAUGUGAGGUGUUCACCGGCACGAAGGUGGUAGGAGCCACACUUCUGUCAGACGUUUUCAAUCGGUGUAAAGAUGGACGUGUGCAAAGGCAAGAUGUUCUGGCUCAAUGCCCUCCGGGGGUUGUGACAUGGCUUGAUGUUGAGGAAAAGUGCAAGGAUAAAGUUGGUAAUAUAGAUGAUCAUGCAGAGUACCGCACCCUGCAGGCACUCAGCGCUAUACAAAACAAUAAUAACUUCAAGGAUUUGAUGCUAUUCUAUGUUUAUGCCGCUCCGUGUGAUCAAAAAUGUACAAGUGAAAAAAGUGACUGGAGCAUUCUCAAUACCAUACAACAGAUUACAAAGUGGGGUAAUUAUGCUGUGGUGUUUAAAAAGCUUUUCAUCCCCAAAGUUGGUGAAAAACCAACUAAGCCGGUCCGAGAACAAUCUCUUCGUAACCUUGCUUCCUCAGGCAAAAUCGGUCUUCAGAACAUUUUUCGUUGUGACAACAUAGAAGGUCAGAUGCAAUGUCUCAGCUGCUCCACUGAUGGUCUAGUUACACACUAUUGUGUUUCAGAUAAAAAGCCUAAACAAAAAGGGGGGGAGGAGGAUGAAGACGGGUGGAUAGCUGCUAGAGGUAAGAAAGGGUAAUCACAGAACAGUUAGCGGGGGCAGAGGAGGUGGGGGUUCUGGAGGAGGAAAUUGACAGAAGUUUAAUUUGUGCAUUUCCCUAUAAUUGGUUUUCAAACUCGUGCAGCUUAUAUGACAAACUGCCACAACUCUAGAGAGAAACAUUUACACAUUUACUGUUCUCAAUGCUUUUGGGAAAAAAUGCAAUUUGCUUUAAAUUUAAGAGUCUGUCAAAUGAAUGCAACACAUAUGACCGACAGAACUUCACAAUAAAGGCGACCAGCAGCAGGAUAGAUUUAAACGACCAGCUGUCUUGAGUCUGACUCUGGCCUGGAAAUGCACAGUUUAUCCUUGUAUCCUCGAUCAGUGUGCUGACGUACUUAGAUUGAGUUAUGCUCCAGAAAUCAGUCUAGCCUACAGGCCACUUAUCUUAUCAGCUUUUGUUGCUUCAUUUAAAUCUUCGCCUGCGUCUAUGAGACUGUUUUCAGAUAAUAUUCACAAAAAAAUAUAAAUGAAUAGCAUGAAUUGGUUGGGAACAACUUUGUCAAUAGUCCUCUAAUGUGUGAUUAAAUAUAAAAUACAUUGCAAAGUUUGUUUUAACUAAAAUAAAGAGGUUUGAUGUGAAUUAUACAAUAAAUAUUAUACACUGUCCUUCUGUAAAGAAAAGUCUCUGUUCUUUCUAAAUUAAAGCUUGG